CCGUUCUCCCAGGUCCCCGAGGCCUUCUGGAAGGUUGAGACUGGCCAAGCACGGGGAAAAACCGUCAUCACCGUAGCGACCGAGGAAGCUGAAUCUUCCUCCUCUACCAGACACACUGACGGCCACACCCUGACCACCACGACACACGACACAGACGUACCUCACACACACACUGCCAAACCCACGGCUUCACCUGUGGCAGAGGAGAAGACCCACGCCACCCAAACACACACCCCAUCACCUGUAAUGGUGGCGGGUGUAAUGACGGUGGAGGGACUGACCGUGGAGGCCGUGGAGGAAGGCCGUGUGGAGACUGGACCUGCAUUCGCUGAGGGGUCUGAGCAUCCAGGGGCACAGUGCAUAGAGGCAGAGUCUGCAGAGAUGGCACAGGGAACAGUCACAGAGUCUGCAGAGAUGGCACAGGCAGAGGCAGAGUCUGCAGAGAUGGCACAGGGCAUAGAGGCAGAGUCUGAAGAGAUAGCACAGGGCUCAGUGGCACAGGCUGUAGAGAUAGCAGAGAUGGCACAGGGCUCAGUGGCACAGGCUGUAGAGAUAGCACAGGGCUCAGUGGCACAGGCUGCAGAGAUGGCACAGGGCUCAGUGGCACAGGCUGCAGAGAUGGCAGCAAAGGCUGCAGAGAUGGCACAGGGCUCAGUGGCACAGGCUGCAGAGAUGGCACAGGGCUCAGUGGCACAGGCUGCAGAGAUGGCAGCACAGGCUGCAGACAUGGCACAGGCUGCAGAGAUGGCACAGGGCUCAGCGGCACAGGCUGCAGUGGGCACCCAGAUGACUGAGACUGUUGACACAGGCCGCAGAUAGCCAACAGGCCACUCAGAGAGAGUGAGAGUGGGAACUCUCUCUCUCACACACACACACACACUCUCACAUACACACACACCGACAACGUAAAGGGAACUACAACAGCGGGUUUCGGUGUUUUCACAAUGUGCAAAUGAUAUGAAAGCUUUGUAAUGUGAGGAAGCUUGCAACAUUUAAUGUUUUUUUUUUUCUCUCUCUAUCACACACACACACUCUCACAUACACACACACCGACAACGUAAAGUGAACUACAACAGCGGGUUUCGGUGUUGACACAAUGUGCAAAUGAUAUGAAAGCUUUGUAAUGUGAGGAACCUUGCAACAUUUAAUGUUUUUUUUUCUCUCUCUAUCACACACACACGAGGCUGUGUAAAACAGGUGCUUUUGAGAAGGGGGUUGGGAUAGCUCUGGGCAUUGGGUUCAUGCUGUCGGACACACACACAAACAAACAUCGCUCUUCUCUUGUCUCAAAUAGUGUGUGAACUAUCACUCUGACAUGGCUGUUUUGUGUGGUGUGGCUUUGUUUAGGGGCUUGUGCUUUCACUCUUUCUGUUGGAUGUGCUCACACACACACACACACUCUGCCUACCUCAAACUGUAUUUUUUUCGAAGGCUUUCAUGGAAUAUGACCAGACACAACAGCCUUAUUUACCUCUGUGAUGGAGGGACCACAUUAUGGCUGACUCGGUGUGUGUGUUCAUGUUUGCCUUAAGCAAUAAACUGUCAUCUCACACGCA